AUGUCGUCGCCAUACGAUCAUCGAGGCUCGUCCCGUCGAAGAGGGGUCUGGACUCACUGGGUACCUUUGGCGGUCACGGUUACGGUUGCUACCGUAGGGCUUGCGGCAUGGGUAUGGAGCCAGCGCAAUGACGAUGAGGAAGAGGCUGGCCCUAUACAACACGAUCUGGACUACGAGAAUGCCGACUAUGGCGAUAACCCCGCGUACGGCGCAACCAACCGGGGCGGCGACAGCGCCAGCAUCAAGCCGCCACCGUCCUUCUCCACCGAACUGAGGGAGGGCGAGACGGGAUACGGCACGGCUCAGGGACAUGAUGCUGCUGCCGGCUGGGGAUCCAGAAUGUCUGGCGCACUGCGACGGACCCCGAGUCCGCAACAGUUCUUCGACAGCGCAGGCCGGACUGUUGGCGCUGGAGUCGCUGCUGUGGGCGCUGCUGUUGGUAGUGCACUGGCAUCGAUACGCGAGGACGACAAGAACGCAUAUGCUGACCACGAGACAUGGUCCGAAGAGGCAGAUGCGAAGAAGGAUCGGUCCGCAACCUCAUCUCCGAAGAACGGAAAUCAGCGUCGCAAAGUUGUCGCCGUCGUUGUUUCUGCCGAUAGCCAGAGUGGUGACAUUGACGAAGAUGCAUUCCAUGAGCACGCAUCUAUCUUGUCGCACAUCCCGAGGGUCAAUGAUUUCUCCAAGAUCAAGCUAUUCGUGCUCAUCUACGCUCCGAAUCUGAAGGAGUCGUCGUUAGAAGCUACGGGUAAUCUUCCACCUGCCUCCCUCAGUUCUUCCUUUUCCAACAUUGGACCAGAGCACAUCCAAUCGCCCAAGGACGAAGUGAAGAACCCCAUGGGGAACAAUGCUUCUGCCAGCCCGGCAUACAACGCUGUUUACUCUCAGGCUCUUGCCUUGGUCGAGAAAGAGACCAUGGUUAUGCCAUUCACAACUCCGAAUGGGCACGCUCACAUCCUUCGCCAUCUGAGCCCUGAGAUAAUCUAUCUCCAGGAAUCCUUGGCCGGUGACAGUGGUGCGAUUGUUACCCAACUUCAGUCCUGGCUUCGCCACGAUAUCGUCCUUGUGGUUGGUGCUGAGAGUGGACAUGGGGGGCUUGCCGAUAGUGAAUCGGAGGCCGAACGGCCGGGCCAGCCCGAGAAGUGGUGGCAGAGGCCGGAACGGGUCGGCCGUGGAAGAGGCGUGGUUGUGGUGGAUGGAAUGCGGGUUAACGACGACUGGGCGAGGCGUGUGCAGGGCAAGGAAUAA